AAUCUGCCCCUAAUUCCAUCUUGAAUGUAAUUGUUGUUCAAUACCACUGAUCUCUGCGAAUUGUCUGCCGAAUGGAACAGGAUAGAUGAUUCGUCCUUUUUAUUAGAAGAUGAAGUAAGAUCCAUCCCUUGAAAUGCAAUGAAUUUUAAGAUUUGAGAAACCUGACAUGAAUAAAAUCCAAAAGGAAGAAAAUAAACAAGCCUUAGCAACAAUGUUCAUUGUUAAGCUAAGCGAUUGUUUCUUGUUAUUGUUGACUUGUUUAAUUGUUGAGAAGUUUGGAUUACGUGACAGGGAAGACGUGGAAUUUGCAGCAGAUCACAAUUCUUGGGGCUUGGACGCUAUAAACGUAGUAAUUUAGUUUUAAAAGUUGCAGAGGUUUCGCUGUCAACGAAAAUGCUGGGAGUCUGAGUCUUGCAAGAUCUUGCAGGAAACACAUUCUGAAGGAGCAACAAUGCGACAAACACAUUUUUAUGACUUUACAAAGGAAUUGGAAGCUGUAAGGACAGACAGGGAUCAUCAUAAAAACAGGGUCAGGAGUUUACAGGAUGAGUUGGAUACAAUUAGAAAGUAUUGUGAUACUGUUAAGCGAGAUGAAGAGGAAUGGAAACAUGAACGAGAUGAUAUGAUGGAAGAAAUUAACACUUUAAGAUCUGAAGCAAGUAUUGUAAUUGCAGAAAAUAAUGCUUUAAAGUCAGAAAUGGAUGACAUGAAAGAGGAGCUUUCCAAAAUCAGAAGCCAGUCCUGUGAUCAUGCAGCACAGACAGAGGCAAUAUAUGGCAUGAUAAAUGAUUGCAAUGUUUUUCGGAGGAAAAUGGAUAAGAUAAAACCCCUGGAGGCUUUAUAUAAUAACAAGCAGCCAGACAUCCAGAUUUCUGCUGCUGAAUGUGAUAUACUACAAGCAGAACUUGAUAUGCUUCGUCACAGAGAGAAGAAAGAUGAAGCGUUAAGAAGAGAUGAACAAGAUACAAUAAAGAUUAUGUUAGAUAAAUGUUUAAACACUGAAGAGUGUUACUUCUCCUUAUGCAAGAAUGUCAGCAGCAUAGAGGUGAUAACACAAGAGAGCAAUGAAGAAACUGAGGCUUUAAAAUCUGAGUUCAUUACUUGUUUGAAAAACAGUGUUAAGUCUCUGACAAGAGCCAAUAAAGAAAACAAUAAGUUGAGAUUGCAGGUGAAGGAACUCCAAGGUAUAGUUGCAGACCAGAAGGAUGAAAUAAAGAAAUUGGUGACUGAUGCACACAGACUCACAUCAGCCUCCAAUGAUGAACAGGACAGACAGGCUCAAAGAGCAACAACACUAGAAACGCAAGUUAGUGACUUGAUAAAGGUACUGGACGCUGUAAUGACAGAUAGGGAUCAUAAUAAAAACAGGGUCAGGAGUUUACUGGAUGAGUUGGAUACAAUUAGAAAGGAUUGUGAUGCUGUUAAGCGAGAUGAAGAGCAAUGGAAACGUGAACGAGAUGAUGUGAUGGAAGAAAUGAAUACUCUGAGAUCUCAAGCAAGUAUUGUAAUUGCAGGAAAUAAUGUUUUAAAGUCAGAACUGGAUGACAUGGAAGAGGAGCUUUCCAAUCUCAGAAGCCAGUCCUGUCACCUUGAAGCACUGGAACAUAAGUUGAAUGAAAUGACACAAGAACAUGUUACAAUGAAUGUCAGGUUAGAUGAACUCUCAAAAACUGAACAGUGUUACUUGGCCUUGUGCGAGAAAGCCAAUAGCAUGAAGGUCAUAUCAGCAGAGAGGGAUAAAGAAAUUACUGGCUUAAAAUCUGAGGUCAUUAGUUUGAAAAACAGUGUUAAGUCUCUGACAGGAGCCGAUACAGAAAACAAUAAGUUGAGAAUGCAGGUGAAGGUGCUAAAAGGUAUAGUUGCAGACCAGGAGGAUAAAAUAAAGAAAUUGGUGACUGAUGUACACAGACUCACAUCAGCCUCCAAUGAUGAACAGGACAGACAGGCUCAAAGAGCAACAACACUAGAAACGCAUGUUAGUGACUUGACAAAGGAACUGCAAGCUGUAAGGACAGACAGGGAUUAUCAUGAAAACAGGGUCAGGAGUUUACAGGAUGAGUUGGAUACAAUUAGAAAGUAUUGUGAUGCUGUUAGGCAAGAUGAAGAGCAUUGGAAACGUGAACGAGAUGAUAUGAUGGAAGAAAUUAAUACUCUGAAAUCUCAAGCAAGUGUCCAGUCCUGUGACCUUGAAGAACCUGGACAAAAGGAAAUGCUGGCUGAAAGAACAACAAUGGAAGCACUUAUAGGUGACUUGAGAAAGGAAUUGGAAACUGUAAUAAGAGAUAGGGAACUUAAUGAGAAAAAAAUCAGAAGUUUACAGGAUGAGGUUGAUACCAUCAGGAAGCAUUGUGAUACUGUUAAGCAAGAAAAACAGAAAUUGAAAUGUGAAAGAGAUGCUAUGAUGGAAGAAAUGAAUACACUGAAAUCUCAAGCAAGUGACAUUGCAGCACUGGAACAGAAGUUAAAUGACAAGAAACAUGAAUGUGAUAAAAUGAAGACCAGGUUAAGUGAACUUUCAGAUGUUGAACAGUCUUACUCAGACUUGUGUGUGAAAGACAGUUGCACAGAAAUGAUAUUAGCAGCGAGGAUGGAAAAAAUUAUUGACUUAAAUUCUGAGGUCUUUAGUUUGAAAAACAGUGUUAAGUCUCUGACAAUAGCUGAUACAGAAAACAAUAUGUUGGAAAUGCAGGUGAACAGUAUGUUGAGAAUGCAGGUGAAAGUGCUCCAAGGUAUAGUGGCAAGCCAGAAGGAUGAAAUAAAGAAAUUGGUGACUGAUGCACAGAGACUCACUUCAGCCAGACUUACUUCAUCCUCCAAUGAUGAGAAGGUAAGCCAUCCCAUUCCAUACCACCUAGACAGUCAUAUUGGUCAUUCCAUUGCUCUGCACAUUACUUCAUACUUCUUGAAAUUAUUCUGUUAGACUGAGUUAUUCCAAGGUGUACAAAGUUUUGACAAUACAUUUAAUAUCCCUACUAAUUUACUGUUACAUGUAG